UGCACACCCAACUCAGAUUGAAGAUGAUGAUGAUGAUAAUGCUGAUGGGGAUUACAGCAAUGCUUUUUGAUUCUUUUGAGACAAAAAGCAUCAAGCAGACAAACUUAGUGAUUUCUGCCGUUGGUGAUAAUGUGAUUCUGCACUGCUUUCGAGGGCAAAAAGAAAACACAGAUUCCAUCAUUUGGUACAAGCAAAAAGUUGGUCAUCAGCCUUGUGUAAUGGUCUCAGUGCAAAGUAAUCCUGCAUUUGAAGAUGAGUUCAAGUCACCAAAGUUCAGCAUUGAGAAAGAAGAAAAAGGAUGUCAUUUAAAGAUUGCUGAUGUGGAACCAUCAGAUGAAGCCAUGUAUUAUUGUGGAUAUAUACAAUUUAUAACUAGGUUUACAAAUGGAACAUUUUUAUCAGUGAAAGGUAAACCAGAUUUCAGUGUUUCAGUGCGGCAGGAAAGUGUGUCAGACUCGGUUCCUGCAGGAGCAUCAGUGACUCUGCAGUGUUCGGUUCUCUCUGAGAGCAGAGCAGCAGAACUCCAAGUGCUCUGGUUCAGAGCUGCUCCAUCACAAUCCCAUCCUCAACUCAUUUACACUCAUCACAACAGCAGCCUUCAGUGUGAGAGCGAAUCUUCUACACACACCUGUGUGUACAACUUGACCAAGAACAUCUUCAGCCUCAAUGAUACUGGAACUUACUACUGCGCUGUGGUCCUGUGUGGGAAGAUCAUUUUCGGGAACGGGACACGAGUACAGCUGGAGAGACCUGUGGAUCCUGUAAUGAUCUGCCUCGCUGUAGCUUUGGGAGUGUGUGUGUUCAUGAUCUUUGCUCAAGCUGUAUGGUGUAAAUGGAAAAACUGUGGGCAACGCAGCGUGAAACUCAAACAAGCUUCUGUGACACACAAGAGCCUCAGUCAAGACUGUGAGAUUGUGGAGGUGAAUUACGCUGCCUUACAUUUCAAUGAGAGGAGAGUCAAAAGAGGACGAGUAAAGAAACAACAACCUCAAAAUGUUAUAUAUUCUGAUGUGCAACGUCUUUCUGUGAAUUAGAUCAAUGCUAUUAAUUCUAUUUAUUUUCUGCUGUACAUGUUUUCAUGAAUGUUUGUUCACACUGACUUUAAACUGAAAGUUAAAUGAUCUUAACUUCACUGGAACACUGGAUCUGUUGGGCAUCAACAC